GCCUGCUGGGAGCUUGCUUAUCUCACUGCAGCUGUGCACCUUCAUGCAGCAGCGGGACGAGGAGAGGAGAGAAGAGAGGAAGAGGAGAGCGGUUCACCUCGCCGACAGGUUCGGGCUCAGAGAUGGGAGAGGAGCGGCCGCUGCUCAGGCUAUGACACGGACACACCGGGCGGGAAGGAUGGCUCUCACCAGCCGGGAAAUGUUGUGCUUGAUCGGAACCGCCUGCCUCUGGCUGCCGUUGUUCGCGGAGGUGGUGGCGGAGGACAGUUACUUAAACGAGGUGCAGAACUCAGUGCCUCUGUCCUGCUCUGAAGGAUUCACAGAGUUGGGGUACUACAAUGGCACCGUGUCUCAGACGGACUCUGGCGCCCCCUGUCUGAAGUGGACCGAGUUCCCGGACUACGUUAUGCAGUACCCGGGCCGAGGGCUGGGCGACCACAGCUACUGCAGGAACCCAGACCGGGAGUCCAACCCCUGGUGCUUCUUCAGGCAAAACUCUGGAGCCAUCGGAUGGGCCUACUGCGACUGCCACCAGGGCGCAGCUCGUCUGGUUGGCAGCUCGUCCUCCGGCAGUGGGCGCGUCGAGGUCUACCUGAACGGUCAGUGGGGGGCGGUGUGCGACUCCCACUGGUCCGACCGAGACGCCAGUGUGGUCUGCAGACAGCUGGGCCUCGGUGAAAUCGGCACGGCCCUGCAGCACUCCCAGUUCGGCUCCGGCUCGGGCCUCUUCCACUACGAGCGCCUGGGUUGCCGUGGCGACGAGAACAGUGUGAGUAAGUGCCGGAGCAGGACGUUCGUCACCGGCGACUGUAGCCAUGGAAACGAGGCGGCAGUGGUGUGCGCGGCGCCGGAAGGCAGCGGGCCUCCCCUGCGACUGGUCGGAGGCGAGGAGGACUUUGAAGGUCGCGUGGAGGUGUUCCACGCCGGAAGGUGGGGCUCCGUCUGCGACGACCAGUGGGACGACAGAGACGCCGAGGUGGUGUGCAGACAGCUGGGCUUCGGUGGCGUGGCGAAGGCCUGGUCCUGGGCUCACUUCGGUCAGGGUUCCGGCCCGAUCCUGCUCGAUGCCGUGAAGUGCACCGGGAACGAGCUCUUCCUGGAUCAGUGUCCCCACGGCGACUGGGAGCAGCACAACUGUGACCACAUGGAGGACGCCGGGGUCUCCUGCAGCCCGUAUACAGACGGAGUGGUGCGCCUGGUGGGUGGAGACAGUCCCUGGGAGGGUCGGGUGGAGGUCUUCCACAACGGCGACUGGGGGACGGUGUGUGACGACAACUGGUCCCAGCAGCACGCAGAGGUGGUCUGCAGACAGCUGGGCUACAGGGGUCACGCUGAGGUCGUAGCCGACGGGGCGUUCGGCGAGGGCGUCGGUCUGAUCCUCCUGGACGACGUCCACUGUGAGGGGUCUGAGACGUCCCUGCUGGACUGCCGCCACGGGAUCUGGGGCCGGACCGACUGCGCCCACACCGAGGACGUCGGCGUCCGUUGCCGGGGUCGAUCCAGCCAGGAGACCAACGAGGUGCCGGUCAUCGCACCUUCCACAGGUCCCCUGGUGCGUCUGGUGGGCGGCAGCAGCAGAAAGGAGGGUCGGGUCGAGGUCUAUCUCCAUGGCGACUGGGGAAGUAUUUGUGACUCGGGCUGGAACGACCUGAACGCGGUCGUGGUGUGCAGACAGCUCGGACACAGCGGUGGAGCAGUAGCAGCCCGAGGGUUCGGUCAGGGGAAAGGGCCCAUCCACCUGGACCAGGUGAGGUGCACGGGGAAGGAGGAGUUCCUGGGGGAGUGCCCCUCUCUGGGCCAGAGCAUCCAGGGCUGCAGGCGCAGGCAGGACGCGGGGGUGAAGUGCGACGUCGCGCCUCGCCAGGAGGCAGCGGCGCAGGUCAAACCUCAAGAGCUGAGCUGCGGGCUGAGGAAGCUGGUGGAGGAGGAGGGCAAGAGGAAGAACCAGGGGGAGGAGAACAUGCUCAGGACCACGUGGCCGUGGCAGGUGUCGGUGUGGCUUCAGUCUCAAGACAAAGAUGGCGGCCCUCUCUGCAGCGGCACUCUGAUCAGCCCCUGCUGGGCUCUGACGUCGGCAUACUGUGUCAGCAGGUUUGGCAGCGACCCGUCCAGGUACGUGGUGCGUGUCGGCGCUUCGGAGCAGACCGUCACCCCGGAGCAGGUGGUGGUUCACAGGAAGUUCAAGGGUCAGAGCGGAGGUCACGAUCUGGCUUUGUUGAGGCUGCCCAACAGCAAAGGUCACUGUCUGACCUUCGACCCCAACACCAACGCAGCAUGCCUCCCUCCCGCAGACAGAGCCUCAGGUGGAAGCACUCCAUCUUCCUGUGUUGUCAUGGUUACCGCUGGCUGGACAGGAGCAGACUCCGUUCUUGCAUCCUGGGUCCCUCUGAUGUCGUCAUGGCAGUGUAAGAAGCGCUAUGGCGACAGCUUCUCCAGCCACGGCACCCUGUGCGCCGGCAGUCCUCCCGACACCAGCCUCCUCCAUGACGACAGUUGUCAGGGCAACUCCGGCGGCGGCCUGGUGUGUCAGGAGGAGACGGGUCGCUGGGUCCUCACUGGGGUCGUCGCCGGGGGCUACGGCUGCAGCGACCCUUCCUCGCCCUCGCUGUACACGCGAGUCAGCCGCUUCAGGAGCUGGAUCAACGAGGUCAUCGGCACACGUGCCGAAGAGCCGCGCACACGCUCGAACACGCAGGACGAUCUGACACACAAAGACCUGACGCACACACACGAGGAACACGAGGAAAAAUACCUCCACGCGCACGGCAAGCUCAAACACACGCAUGAUCAGCAGGAAACAAACGAAAUCAGCGACAUCACACACGCCCAUCACUCACACGCCAGUCAGCACGCUCACACUAAAAGCACACACGCCCACCGCGAGGCCGACACGAACACACAAAUUCUGGUCUGAUCGAGGCCGCGCCAUUGGCUUACCAUCUGUGCCAUGUGACCGCCCGAGGAGGGAGUGUUAAAGGAAAGUCAAAAGUUAACUUUACCAGUAAAAGAAAAGAGAGAUGCUCCUAACUUAAGUCAGUACAAACGGCCGUCUCUGUGCUCAUUUCAAAUCUCAGUGUUGUGAAUCCCGAGUGUUUUAUCCGUUGGACGAGUACAGCAGUGUGGGCAGACCUCCCCGAGCUGCCAGGAUGACAGAGCGAGUGUGUGGGUGAUUUUUCUUUUUUUUUUUUUUGGUGCUUUUAAAUGUGAGCUGCAGCCCGCUGAGAGGCAGAGCGAUGACUGAUGGGUCGGCAACAUUUAGGUCGAGCCUGGCAUGCCGAUCAGGGGGCCUCUCACCAGUACUGAAAAUCAAAAAAAAAAAAAAAAAAAAAUCAGCAUGGCAUGUAUUUAAAGGACAAUAGUGUUAGCAUAAAAACAUUCGGGGCGGGUGGGGGGAGAUGGUCACACAAGAAUCUAUGCUAAAAUUCACCUAUUAACGUGCGUCUUCUGUGCGACUAACCACCAGAACAUCUAGGAUUAAGGCUGAUUGUGUAUCAUCAUCGUCCCUCUGCGACUACUAAUACAGAUAAACUCCUUCAUCGGGCGACGCUCGUCCCGAGUUUUGAUAAAUAUUCAGACGUGGGUGAUGUUGCUUUUAUUCAAACAGGGCUGUUAACUUAUAACCUUUACUGGACCCAAGACUAAGCUAUGUGACUUAGGAUCAUACCGGCGAUUUUUCAUGUCUAACCACUGCUGACUACUGUAAGUCCUAAAGCUCAUGAUGACAUCCUGAAGGGUGCAAAGUGCAAAUGAAGGGAAACGGCGUCUUUGGAAGGUCUGAAUAAAUAAAUACAGGAAGCAAUCAGGAAGUCAAAAUGAUGGAGACACACGUCAGAAGUAAUAAAGGUGCUCCUGUGCCUUUGCAUUCAAGUACAGACGGAGUAAGUGGCGUCUCUCGGAGGUCAAAAACAAACCAUGAAUAAACACAGAAAAAAAAUCAGGACGUUGAAAUAAUGAAAUCCAAAAGGAUCCUCCAGAUAGAAACCAAUAAUGUUGCAAAAGCUUUCCUUCAUCGAUACACAUCUGGUCACCUAAUCAGCCGUGUUCAUGUAAUAUAUGAUGUUAAUAAAUAGAUCAGCUGGAAGCAUCAAAUUUAACCUUCACUGUUGGCUUAUUGGAAACAGAACUCGACCUGAAAUAAAAACUUUAUUACUAACUCACAUUUAUAAUGGAAGGCUUUUUAUUUAGACACUCAUCGUUAACUUCUUGAGAGAUUUCUCACAACCUGGCAACCCAAACGUUGUUAGUGGCUUACAGUUGAGCUAUAAAGUGAUCAUUUAUCAAUAAGUAAUCAUAAUAUGAAAGCCUGCAAUUAGACCUGCAGGAUGCCGAGAGCUCGACGCGAUCUUCCCUUUUUGCCCUCUUGAAUCUUCUUCAGUGCCGCUUCGAAACCAUGGCAGGAAGCUUUUUUUUUUUUUUUUUUGCAGAUAUGAAAAUCAAUGAGCCGACUCUUGAAACUUAGCAGAACAGGUCAUAAUAAAUGUAGAACCUGCAUUUAUUUUGCCAAAGCCACAUGAUUGUUAAGAGGUUUGCUUCUUUUCCGGAUCAAUUAAACUGCUCUGCCCGACAACAGUAAUGGUUUUAAGAGGCUGCCCAUUGAUUUUCUAUUCUAAAGUGAGAAGCUGCGGAAACAGAAACCACCUAGGACAAAAAAACACACUCCAACUACAGUUCAGUCAGCAGUUACAUCAUGUGUAGAUAAUUUCUUGUAUUUAAGGAGCUAAAAACAUGCAAAAAAACCCCCAAACAAACAAAAAAAAAACACCGGUAUGUUCCUUUAAAACUGUACAGGACUCUUCUCCUUUCAAAGCCAUCGGUCGUGAAAUAUCUUUUUGUACUGAUUCCAGCAGGCGGCUCUAGAUAGAUAGCUAGAUAAAUAGAUAGAUGGAUAGACAGCUGCUCCUCCUGAGUUUAGAUAGUAUGUGUGCCGCGUCAUUCUUGACUGAACUAGAUAGCCGAACUCUUGAACUCUAAGUGUCGUCCGUUCCGUUGUACUCCGAGCAGACGCGCAAUCUGACCACAAGAUGGCGACGUCGCUCUAUUUUCACAGGGCCGGCGUUCGUCCGGGACAGCGAGGCCCUGAUGGUUCUUUUUGUUUUUUAUACUGUUGCUCCUCUAAGUGUUCGGACUUGACUUGUGCUUUUGAUGUGCCGUGAACCAUUGUGUCGUGAAAAGCAUCCUGUAACCUGCAACUGCUGUUUUUCUUUUUUUUCUUUUUUGUUUCCUCCUCCUCCUCCUCCGACAUGGACCUGUCCCCCUGCCUGUUGUUAUAACCCUGUACAUAAAACUUGAUCCUGUCACUGCUCCCUCCUACCUGAGAGUUGAUGUUCUAUCAUGCAGAUGCCUGUAGGUUGAUGUAGAUACUGUAUGUCUGUGGCUGGACGCCGCGGAGGGGGGGAAGCAGUGCGAAGCGUUCAAAGGCUUCAGCCGCGUCAAACCCCCUCAGCUGUUCCUCGGUGUAAUGUGCUGAAUCAUGGUUGAGUAUUAAAACAUAUACCUGGUGAGAACAAG